AUGCGCGGAAACUCCUUCCUCGAGAAGGCGACCAUCUUGGCUGGUUUAGCUAGUAACGUUGAUGCUUUCUGGCGUUUGCCAUGUAGAAGUAGAAGUGGGUUGGCAAGAAUUGAUCCAUUGGUCAAUCCUGGCGCAAUCGCUCAGCAUGCACAUGCUAUUCAUGGUUCUAGUGGUUUCGGAAAAUCGUCAGGAUAUGACGAUUUAUUAGCUGGAAACUGUACUUCCUGUGAAGUCACUCAAGAUAAAUCCGCCUAUUGGAUUCCUUCACUUCACUUCAAGAAUGCGGCUACAGGAAAAUUCGAGAUUGUUGAGCAAGUUGGGGGUAUGCUUGCGUACUACCUCCUCUAUGGAGAUAAUAUUAAAGCUUUCCCCGAAGGCUUCGCCAUGAUUGCAGGAAACAACGAACUUCGCAACUUCUCCAAUUACCCGGUUCCUGAUAUCGACAAGUCGAACUGGAACCAAGCUCCAUACAAUACGCAAGCUUUCCUCAGACAAGCAGCUCUCGGUUUCAACUGUUUGAACUAUGCUGCUGCUGCCGAAGGAUCCCUUUACCGUCAUUUCUUGCCAGAUAAGGACUAUCUUGAUGCCAACUGCGCGGAUGGUGUCAGAUUCGAACUCAUGUUCCCAUCAUGCUGGAACUCGAGUGCAGGACCAACCGCACCGGAUUCGAAAUCUCACAUGGCAUAUCCUUCCGAGGUCAUGACUGGUACUUGCCCAGAAGGAUUUGAUACUCGUCUCGUCUCGCUCUUCUAUGAAACCAUCUGGAAUACCGCCGCCUAUAAAGGAAUCGAUGGAGAAUUCAUCAUUUCUAACGGUGAUCCAACUGGUUACGGCUAUCACGGAGAUUUCAUCAUGGGUUGGGAAGAGUCAUUUUUGCAAGACGCUGUUGAUACCUGUACUAACCUUUCUGGAGAAAUUAGCGAUUGUCCACUUUUUGACAUUCAAGAUGCAAGUGUAUAUGGAUCUUGCAGCUUUGAAAUGCCGGCAGAUUUGGUAGACGAUGAGAUCAAUGGUCCUAUGGCAACCCUUCCCGGAAAUGUCCCCGUUCAAUAUGGACCUGGUCUAGCCACUAGUGAUACACCCGGUGAACCCACCGCAGUGGCAUCUUCAACUUCAUCUGCCAAACCAUCGAGCGCAGCUGCCACAACAACUACCCCAUCUGCCGUCGUACCAACUCUUUCUCACUCCGCUGGAUCUACCAUUGUCGCUUCUUUGGGUGAAACCUAUGUACCAGGUGGUGUUUUCGCCGCCGUUGAAUCUGGAGUUUCCUAUUCAACUUCAAGUUCAUCGACUAUUGCCGCAGAUGGAGCCGCCGUUACAAGCUCAUCAACUACCCCAGCAGGUGGAUAUGCCGCCGCUUCAAGCUCAUCAAUUAGCGCACCAGGUGGAGUCGCCGCCGUUCCAAGCUCUCCAACUACCCUUCUUACCGCCUCAUCAGCAUCCGCAUAUUCAACAUCUUUCUCAACCACAACCGCACUCUCAUAUCUCAAUGAGGAUGUAGAGGUAGCUGAAGUAUUUUGGGUAGAAGAAACAGUUACUGUUACCACAACCGCACAAGCUGAAGGUGUCGCUAGAAGAAGACAUUUGCACGAACAUCAACGGGCUAAGAAGAGAGGAAACUUUGCUUAG